UCAUACUGUACAAUAUACCACGAAUUUGUUAAAUACAAAAAUCCUCUGUACACCUGUUAUGGGAAGAUGUUGAAACUUUGCAUUUGGUGCAGCAUGAGAGAUGAAUUGGGAACGUCAUGGUGAUAAUCAUAUAAGGACAGCUUUAGAUAAAACGAGCAGGCCCGGGCGGUACUGUUGUUUCCGUGUGACAGGUUGUAGCCAGUAAUAGAUAAAGGUACUGAUUACUGGGGAUACUGGACUACGGACCCAAUCAUCCUAGCGUGUUUACAGGAGACGGGUUAACUCCACAGAUCUGGUUUCGUUAACAACAUUAUUUGAAAUGGGUGAAAAACUGACAGACUCACAACUGCGAGAGGUUAAAGAGGCCUUCAGUCUGUUUGACAUGGAUGGGGAUGGACGAGUGACUACAAAGGACCUGGGCUCGCUUGUCAGGUCCCUAGGAAUAAAUCCAUCUGAAGUGGAGGUUAAACAGAUGGCCAGGGAGGCCGACAUUGACGGUACUGGUAAGAUCGAGUACCGUGAGUUUGUAGCAAUGUUCGCCAGACAUAUCAACAAUGUGAGUACAGUGGAUGAGAUCAUUGAUGCGUUUAGAGUAUUUGACAAAGAAGGAAAUGGCUACAUCAGUGCUGCUGAACUACGACAUGUUAUGUUAAAUCUGGGCGAGAAACUACUGGAGGAGGAAGUGAAUGACAUGAUACGCGAGGCGGACCUUAGUGGGGACGGACAUAUCAACUACCAAGAAUUUGCCAAAGUAUUAAUUGCCAAAUGAUGCCAAGGAAGCUCUAAAGACUUUACUAUUUUGUUGACAAUCUUUUAUUUGUUCUUCAUUAAAAACUGAAUACUCAUUUAUUUUGUAUUAACACAUACAAACUGACCAGUUACAAGAGAAAGAAGACUUAUUCCUGUAUUAAGAGGCCCAAUGGGCAUGUAUCGCUCAACUGUUUGACCUUAAAAGUAUUGCCUUUGAUCAAAUUUAUUAUCUCAUCAACCAAUCAUGCUAUUGGCCCUAUACCAUGCCUCUAGGCCAUUUUAUUAUUCGAAAGAUGGUGCUGCAAGAUUUAAAUACAUUUGACAUGUGUGUCCUCA